UCAUUUAACAAUGCUUUAUCUAAUUAUUUUAUAUAGAUUUAUCAUAUGUACUUUCCUUCCUUUUCAUUUUGAUGGAUGUUGGUAAUAUUAGUUCCACUUCCACUUGUUGCUGUUGGGAGUGUAAUAAGGGCGACACGCUCUCUCGUGAGGUAAACAAAUGACACGAGAAUGGAGGAAGAGCACUUCAUUUCAUUUAAUACAAUUGUUUGAAUUGUACCCCAUCUUGUAUUCUGCAUUAUUAUUAUGAUAGCUGUGCCUGGCAGAGACUAAGAUGCUGCUGCCGCAGAUGAUAAUAAAAACUGCUUCACGCAGGACGCCGGUGUAGUGUACUGAAGCACUUAGUGUUAGUACGGAACUUAAAAAUAUGCCCAUGAGCUAAGAUGUUGAUUUAUUGUUUGAACUUUAAUCAUUUAUAUUGUGUAUUAGAGAACUAUAUUCUGAUGAAAAAUUAUCAUUUGCAUUUUGCUUAAAGGUGCAGUAUGUAAGAUUCAGAAAGCCUUGUUAUUAAUGACACCUGCGGCCAUUAAUUGAACUGCAGUCAGCUGCCUGUUGCUCGUGCUCAAGCUCCUGCUAACACAUCAUAGGGAUGCGAGCAUCGGCCAAAACAAUGAUGUAACAUACAAAGAGACGGAACGUGAUUCACCGGCAUCAUGAUGACAGAUGAGGCAGCAUAAUUAAAAUUACACAGUUAUGAUUGUUUUACUUCAAACUUUGAUAUUUGACUCUCCAGUGCUGGAACAGGGCUAAAACAAAGUGUGGAUAUAGGUCUGACUAUGCAAGACUGUAGUUUUAAGUAAUCUCUUUUCUUUGCAUGAUACAUUGACUGCAUUUAUACGAUAGCUAAUGUCGGCGUUAACUAGCUAGCCAGCUUUAUCAAUAGCUGUUAGCUAAAUUUGGUGGAUGAUGUGAGUAGCUGUUUAUAAAAUAGUACAUUAUAAAUAUGUUGACACAAUUCAGUAUUGAUGUGAUUCCAUCACAUUUGAUAUAUCGAUGCGCUGUUGUUUUAAAAUAAUAGAUUGUAUAUUUUCUGUUUAAUAAAGUUACGUUACGCUAAUGAAUGGAGCUUUUUGCAUUAUCUUGAACAUUAUCUAGCAUUCAUUUCAUGUGUUAUUGUAGUUUACCUUGCUGAAUAAUUACAGAUUGAUAUUGAUUAUGACAGUUACUGUGCAGGCAAGAUCAAGUUUGCUAAAAUUACACAGAUCAAUCCUUAUGACACUAUAUUUCACAUGCUUUACAGUUAUGUAAAUGUGCCUGUCCAAUAAGAAGAAUGCCAAUUCAGGGUUGAUUUUGAUCCCCAAAACAGAGUGAAGGUCCCUCCAGGAAUCAAAUGCCCUGCCGAUGUUCACUCUAGUUUUCCCUCGACCACAAUCACGUUUCCGCUUAGCCAGACGGGAUUCAGUAGAUAAAUUGUUAUUUGUUUUGUUAUUUUGGCUUAUUCUGAGUUUGUGUAGGAUUCAGUGUUGUGCUGGGAGCCGGACGUUUGCUGGAUUCCAUCUCUAAGAUUAUGUUACCUAGUGUUGCAGUUUGUUGUCGCUGUUGAACAGCGGAAGCAAGGCUCUUGGGAGCACGCAUAAACGUCACAUCCUUUGGAUUUUCCAGGCAAAAGCCACCUGCUCCUUUUGCAUGAAAAUCCAUCUACAGGCUUUAAUAGGCAACCUAGGAAGUCUGGGAAGGGCUAAUUGUUUAAGUUGCGUUACAAGCCGUUCACACAUUGGCAAAAAAAGGCACAUAUCAGCCAUAUGGCAGGGCUUUCGUGUGUGGUGUCGAGGGGGAUGUGGGUCUGAGUAUGCAGUUUAUCUGACCCAUGACCUCAGCAUGCUGCGUCUCAUUGAGACCUUCUGUGAGAGCGCACCGCAGCUCACCCUCAUGACGUACAUCAUGCUGCACUGCAACCACGCAAGGAUUGUCCAAUGUGUUAGUGUUGUCGCCUCCACAACUUCAAUAGCCUGGAUGGUGGUAGAUUAUCAUCGAUCCCUUCGUUCAUUUCUGCCUGACAAGGACAAACAAGGUUGGACAUCCGCCGUGGUCUACUUCCUCUGGAACCUCUUUUUGAUUGGCCCGCGUGUGGCAUCGGUUGCUCUCUUUGCUUCUGUGUUGCCCUGCCACAUUGCUGGUCACUUUCUGUCUCUGUGGCUCGUGUUUCUCUUAUGGGCCUGGAAGCAGGGUACCGAUUUCAUGGACAGCACCAUAGGGGAAUGGCUCUACCGGGCCACCAUAGGCCUCAUCUGGUACUUCAGCUGGUUUAACGUGGCCGAAGGGCACACAAGGGGCAGAAGUGUCAUCUACCACACAUUUAUGAUCACCGACAGUGGAAUCCUAUUGGUCACGUGGUGGUUUUACAGAGAUGCUGAGUUGACCCAGACGUACGGCCUUAUACUAAUCAUUUCAAUCCCUCUCGUUUAUGUUUUGGGCCUACUGAUAAAGGUUCUCUACUAUUGCUGCUUUCACCCCAAGCUGUGGCGGCAGAUGGAGUUGGGAAAAGCCGCAGAUGAUGUAUCUGAUGCAGCGGUGACAUUUAAAGAUAUUCAGACUGAUGGUGCUGCUUUUCAAGUCUUGAAUAAGAGGAUGGGCAAACACGCUGCUAACUUUUACAGAACCGAGUCCUCCUCUGUGGUUAAAUCAAAUGGAUGUGAAGCAAGAAAUGUAUCAGUACUGUAAAUACCAAUGGAAUAGCUUGUUUAACCGUUUUGUUACAGACAGUUCACCUUAUAGUUGUGAAUUAUUGUAUCAUAUUUUAUUGUCUUUUGGGUAAUGUUGCAGUUAAACUGAAACCAGCUAUUAAACAGUGUUUGUUUUAAAUGAUUACCGCACCCAAAAAUGUACUUGCCCUAAUGUUGUUCCAAACACAUGUGACUUAUUACUUCCAUAGAAAGAAAAAGAUGUUUUGAAGAAAACUUCCUGUCUUUGGUAUUAUAAAAUAGAAAUAUGUAAUUAUCUUUAAUAUAAAAUAUAACAACUCCAAAAAACUCCAACUGCCAAAACUGUUUAUGUCUUUGCACAUUUUGUGCAUGUGUACGAUUCUCACAAGUCUUACUGACAUUAAGCUCAAAAGUUUCACUUAAUUAAAUUAUUAUUUCACCCAAAAAAUGAAAAUUAUGUAAUUUGCUCACCCCUCAUUUGACUUAUUCUUCGAGGGAACACAAAAGAAGGUGUUUUGGAGAAUAUCCAUGUUGCUCCUUUCCAUUUAAUAAGAUUUAAUGGGGAUGAAUGCUUUUGAGCUUUCAGAUAAAUGGUGCUUUUAUGGUGAGUCCCUGGUUACUCUAUGCUUUUGUUGAAUGAUUCCUUUAAAUGUUUUGGAUAUGGUAAAGAGGAAAUGGGUACUUUGGUUAGUUGGCACAACUAAUGUGAGACUAAAUGCAAAGUCAUGCUUUAGUGAAUGACAACUAUCCUUUCUAUAGUAUUUUAAAAAAAUUGUUGUAUGUGAGCAUCUAUAAUGUAAAAGAUUGUACCUUAGUCAUGGUGCCAUGAGUUAUGUGCAUGUGUCCGGUUCUGAAAAUUUCAUGUGUAAUGUAGCUAUUCUGUCACUUUUCAAAAAAAUCAAUAAUGGAACACAAAUGGAGUUUUCAUAAUUUAAAACCAAUUCUAAUGAUAUUAAAAUAAUUUAAUCUUAUUUAAUUAUUAAUAGGCUUGUUUGAUCUCAUUUGGAAUGGUUACAAAUUAUGAUUGAAAUCAGCAUCCCAAUGGGAUUUCUUUCACAAGGAUGUGUUUGUUGGUAUCAUUGUGUCAAAGACUAUAUCUAAGUACACUCAUAUACUUUUGUAAACACUUAUUAUUAUUAUUAUUGAUAUUUAAUUACAUCAAUAUUAUAACAGUAAUCUUGUGAAGUGACUUGAAUGUCCUUUAAGCUUGUUUGUAACUAUAAAAUAAAAGACACUGAAGAGAUUUCAAAUAGUUCAAACACACAAUGUUCACUUUCAUGUUUAGUUUUUCACUAUGUGACUCAGUUCAAAUGUAUGACACCUGUUUUUAAACGCUCUCUUAAUAUUUUAACGUGUUAUCUGAAGGAUCUGAAAUUCUUUAAAGCAACCUGUGUGCUGCUUUGAGAGAGCAAAUUAAGUUAUGUUGUUUCUUUAUUUCUUUUAGUUUAAUUUAUAUUUACUCAUUCUUUUCUCCCCAAAUUUGGAAUGCCCAAUUCCCACUGCUUAGUAGAUCCUCGUGGUGGCACGGUUACUCACCUCAAUCUGGGUGGUAGAGGACAAGUCUCAGUUGUCUCCGCUUCUGACAUGUGGAGGCUCAUGCUACUCUCCGGGAUCCACGCACAUCUUAACAUGCGCCCCACUGAGAGCGAGAACCACUAAUCGCGACCACGAGGAGGUUACCCCAUUGGCUCUACCCUCCCUAGCAACCGGGCCAAUUUUGGUUGCUUAGGAGACCUGGCUGGAGUCACUCAACACACCCUGGAUUCAAACUCGCGACUCCAGUGUGGUAGUCCGUGUCAAUACUCGCUGAGCUAUCCAGACCCCCGAAUCAUUUCUUUAUUUUUGUUUUAUAAAUUCCUUUUGACUUGCUUAUUGCAUUUUAUGUUGUUUCUUGCUAUGCUUUUAUGCUGUUGCUAUAAUCUUAUGUGUGCUGUAUUGUCUUAAGUUUGAGUUAACAGUUUUCUCCAUUUCAAUAAACUGCACAUUUUUUA